AUGGUAGCGGAUCCAGAAACAAGUGGGCGUAUCCAAGCAGGACAAGCAACAUACGUAUCUACUUUCUGGAUCCGAAAGGAGGUUCCAGAGGUGCUUGUGCACGGCUCCUACGCGAGGCGCAGCAACAACAUCCUCAAGGAAGGUGGAGAUCGGACAUCGAAACCUCCGUGUGUGUUCUCGCCAGAGAAGCCGCUCGGACCGGUUCCCUUCCCACCGCGGGCAGCGGGGUCUUCCGUGGGGCGUUCCGCUCACGGAACGGCCGCCGGCUCGCGCCGGGAAGGAGCUGCGAAAACCGCGGCCGAAAAAGCCCAACAAAGGGCCGAGGCUGUGGCUGAGCACAAAGAGGCCGCACGCUUUACCGAGAGGCAAGAGGCCAGGCGUAAGUUGGCGUCGGCCGCGCCCCGGGGCACAGUGGGCGUGGAGUUGCAGAGAGCUCUGGACUCCGACUGUGAGUCCUGUUCGGACCGCAGGGAGCAGUCCACCCUGAGCGCAGCAGCGUACGCCACACAGCGCCUGCGAGCCAUGGAGGCGCGACCUCCACCGGAACCCGUCGUUCUUAGGCCACGCCACCAACCCGGCACCCCGGCACGGGGCGGCGAACAAGGGGCUCUGGGGUCAACCGACGGCACAGCAGAAACCUCAGAACGCCCCGAGCCGGAGCUGGGGGACGAGGAAAUGGAGCUGAUAGAGGUCGCUGAGCAGAGGAACUCAGACCAGUACCCGCCAGAGGGCAGCCCCAAGGGCGAUGAGCCGAUGCCUUCCGUGGAGCGUUCCGCUCCCGGAAUAGCAGAGGCCACGCUCGAAGGCGACGAACCGAUGCCUUCCGUGGAGCGUUCCGCUCCCGGAAUCGCGGAGGUAGAGCCUGCGGUCGGUCCAGGUCUGGGCGCCUCGAAAACUACCGCCCAGGAAGCAGCGCUGAAGGAAGAGCAAGCUGCGCCAGGGGAGAGCGCCUCGACGCCGCCGAGGCGCGUUUCGCGCCCGGCGAAGGCGUUGGGGGAGGUAGCUCUGGCAGAGCCGGAAGCCAUCGCGCUGAAGGUCGACCCGGACACGUUGACGGCAGAAAUCGGCAAGAUGUCGCUUGAAGAUGAAGACCCGGAUUGGUCUGGCGACGAGGCCGAAAUUCCGGUAGCUACCGCCUUGCCGGGCGAGGCCGCGUCCAGCUCCGCCAAACAAGAGGAGGGCAGGGGAACUAAGAAGGAACUGGAGCUGGACGAGACGGAGGAACCCCCACGCCGCCGCAAAGUGGUGUUGGCUACUGGCCAGUUGUCGCUUCUCCGGGCUCUGGCCGCAGCCAACGCGUCCAACUGGUCCGGGGUUCAGCGUGCUCUCAGAGAAGCCCAGGGGUCGGGCGAAGAGAAGAGCGAGCUUGUGGAGAACCUUACGUCCCUGGCGCAAGCGUUCUCCAAGAACCGCGACGCCUGCGCGCAGGCGGCAACCUCGAGGGCAGCCGCUCUCGCGGAGCUUGAGGGCGCAGAAGCCGCCUACUUCGCGGCGCUCCCACCGGCCCUGGCAGCAGAACUGGAACGCAAAAACCCAGUGAGGCCCAGUAUGGAUAAAAGCCUCGGGUGGAUCAACCACGCACGCUUCCUGCAGGACAAGGAAGCCGCCGGAGUGCGCUUCCAGGCAGAGCUGCGAGCUGGGGAGCUAGACGCCCCGAUGCGAGCCGCGGUAGCUCAGAAGCGCAAGCCUGAGUCCGAGCGCAGGCGACGCAUCAAAUGGGCCAGGUUUUGCGAGAAGCAGGGUAAGACCAGGAAGUACGACCCUACUGAAAGCGAGCAGAACCACCCCUACGCUCACUCGGGUUCACCCCACCUCGAGAAGGCCAUGCCGUGGCCCGUUCCGGGCCCGGCAGGUGCCCGACGGAGGACGGGCUGGAGAACCGGGGGAUUCCUGGCACUAUGGGGGAUGGUCGCUACCUACAGCAUACAGCCAGUGAAUGCACUGCCGAGACCCACCAGUCCUCCUCUCGGGGAUAAGGCACCGUGGCCUGCUUCAGGCCCGGGCAUGGCCGGAGAAGGGACCGGACUGGGGCUUGGGAUGAUGCUAGGUUGGAUGCUCGGUAGAGGGCGUCAGAACCGGAGAGGAAGAACCGGUGGCCUCACGGUCGCCCAGCCAGCCGACAGUAAAGCUCCCCCUCCCACUCGACCGUGGAUAGCUCGACCCUUGCCGCGUGACGAAACCCGUCGGAGAGUCGUCACGCGAGCUAUCUGGCUGACCACCGUCGCUCUGCUUCCCAUCGUUGCAAAUGCUGCCGAAGGGGACAUUGUGGAAGAAGGGGGAGUCUGGGAGCUAUGGACGCACAGGCUCCUGACCACCGGCUGCCUCUACCUUGCCUGGCGCACAACCUUAGGCUGGGGCGUCGAGAAGAAAGAGGUCGCCUGCCAAACCACCCAAGGACACCCGCCUGCGGCCGACCACGUCCGUGUAACGCCCGCCGGCGAAUGCUUCCAUGCGGAGCAUUGCGGACACUUGAGGGCGAGGAAGAGCCGGGCAUACAGGCCCUGUCUGGAUUGUUCCCCGCUUGAGCCCCGUCUUACUCGACUGCCAACGUCGGGGAGCACACCCGCGGCCAGACGCCAGGGGUCCAACUAUACAGGGUUCCUUCGGGUGAUCCUUGGUAGCCUCGCCGCCCUCGCUUUGCUCGUGCUACAGGGGUGCGACCGACAAGCAGAGGAAACCGGUCGACUUGGCAACCCAGCGGUACCACCACUGUUGGGAGCUUCUGCUCUUGUUGCGUUGCUCAUCACCUGGCCGGGUCCGCCGUGGCGCGCUCCGCGCCCGGCGUCCCGAAGGGUGGGGGAAGGAACGCGCAAGGUCAGGUUUGCGGUACGAGAGACACGCCGGGAAACCCGGGGAGAACUCUUGCCCGCCCAGACCUCGAGCUUAACGACCCGACAUCAUCGGCGUCGAGGCAGCCACCCCCUCGUUGCCCCGAGCGGGAAUUCCCCCGCAGAAACGAAGCGGAAAUUCUCAGAAGAGGGGCCGGAACCAGGGGUAGUCCCCGCCCGUCGCUGGGCGCAAGAAAGACUGCAGUUGGUGAAGGACCACCUAUCACCAUCCACCCAGCGGUUGUAUGACGGCCAUUGGCGCUGGUGGGAGCUAUACACUAGACGUCGGGGCGUUUCAGCACUCCGCUCCGUGGAUCGUUUCGAUCCCGGAGAAGAGUCGUUGUUCCUCGACUAUCUGGUGUACCUAUUUGUGGGCCAAGGGCUAGCAGCAGCCACAGCACAGGCCCGCCUGGGAGCGAUUCGAAGCGUACACCUACAGCUCGGCUUCCCAGACCCGCUGAAGCCGCUUCCCCGUUUGCAACUUGCACUCGAGGGAAUCGGGAGGAGAAAAGGACCCAUCGCCAAACGACGUCCGGUUACUCCGCACAUGUUAGCAAGGGCCCAAGCGGCGUUGCCACGGGGGCUGUGGGGAAGACAGCUCAACUGUGCAUUGCAACUCGGUUUCUUUUUUCUCUUGCGAGUUUCGGAACUGGUCGGCGGCAAUAACCCAAAGCUUGGGCUCCGUGUCAAAGAUGUCAAGCUGUACAGCCGUGGCGAGUUCCUCGCCCGGCCGCCCUUCAGCGGGGCAGAUGAGGUGCAGAUCGUUGUGAGAGCCUCAAAGACGGAUCCCGAAGGGGAAUCCGCCACGAGGAACUUUAUUUCGCAGCGAUGCGGCCGUCUGCCCUGUGUUGGCGACCAUAGAGUUUCUGGAACUCAAAUGGUCAGAAGCCACGCCGCAUCCGGAGGAAAGAUUCUUCGGAGAACUUACAAGGCAGGACAUCCAGACGGCACUGCAAACUGUCGCUGCCUCCUUGGGAGAGGAGGCACAAGCAUACACCCCCCACUCUCUCAGAUUUGGGGGAGCUUCUGCAAUGUGGGCAGGGGGGAUGGACUCUUAUGUCCUCCGAACCUGGGGCCGGUGGAACUCGGACGCAUUUUUAGCCUACCUUUGGACGUCUAG